AUGAGCAAGUUUUACGAAGUCUCGAAAGUGCUCGAUAAGCGUACAGACUCCCACGGUCGCGUUCAGUACCUCGUCCGCUGGCGUGGCUAUGGAAAGAAGAACGAUAGCUGGGUGGAUGAAGCCGACACAAACGAGUGCCUUAAACAAGUGUUUAGGACACGCCACCAAGGAACUCCAGGCUUGCUGCAGACCUUAGCUGUGUUAGUGGCAGAAAAGCUGAACAUGAAGAAACCGCCAACAACCAGCAUCGUGAGACGUUCGUCUGUCACCAUGCCGAUGGAUGCCGAGACCUUUAAAGAGUUGUUCGGUGAUCUUCCUUCCGCGCCAAAUCUUUUGCAAGUGACAAAGUUUUCUGUGCCCAUUCACGAGCUUGACGCCAUAAUGCCUGCCGGAUGGUCACUAAAUACUUUCAAAACCUCCACGACUUGUCGGUUGCAGCCCGGCAGGCCCGUCGAGAUUGCUCUCGUAGAGCGCAAGAAAGUGUUUUUUGAUCAUUCGGGGUGUUUGCGCUGUCAAGGCGGGAAUGGAGCCCCCGUCGCUUGUAAAGACGUGGUGCGGAAAGUAGUAUUCGGUUCAACCCUUCUAAAGAUCUCGUUCUACCGUGAGCGGAACAAGCAAGCCGAGCGAAAGCCCAAGGAGCGCACGAGACUAACCUAG